UUCCAUCCUUCCACAGCACAGUCAGCAUCUGGAACCUGCCCUCAAAAGCAAAGAUUCUCCCUCAAACUUGAUGUCAAAGACAGUAAGAUCUACAAUGAACAGAACUUUUUCCAGCGAGCUGCAAAGAAAGACAGAGUGGAGAAGUGGAAGAAGCUGCACUCUUUGCCCCUGCUGGGCAUCCCCAGCUGUCUUGGCUUUGGACUGCAUGCAGAUAAAUACAGGUUUUUGGUGUUCUCUGAUUUAGGGCGAUCUCUUCAGUCCAUUCUGAAUGACAACUUACACCUGAAUGAGAAGGCAGCUUUUCAGAUUGCAGUCCGGCUGCUGGACUGCCUGGAGUACCUUCAUGAAAAUGAGUAUGUGCAUGGGGACAUCACAGCUGACAACAUCUAUGUGAACCCAGCAGACCUCACGCAGGUGACCCUAGCAGGCUACUACUUCGCCUUCCGUUACUGCCCAGAAGGGAAGCAUGUGGCUAGGCGUGAAGGCAGCAGGACUCCUCAUGAGGGCACGAUAGAGUUUAUCAGCCAGGACAGCCACAAGGGAGCAGCACCAUCUCGACGGAGUGACUUGGAAUCUCUGGGCUACUGUCUUCUGAAAUGGCUCUGCGGCUUCUUGCCUUGGUCUAAGGAGCUGGACAAAGUAGAAACUGUGAUGGAAAAGAAAGAAAUGUACAAAAAUGAUGUGACAUGCCUUCUCCAGCAGUGCUUCAGCAGGCAGAGGUCGAUUCCAGCUGCCCUUCAGAGCUACCUGCAGCAAGUAAUGGCACUAGAAUAUGAGGAGAAGCCAAACUAUGAGGCCCUGCGGCAGCUCUUCAAAAAGCCACUGCAAAUGCUGAAAGCUUCAGCUUAUGAUUCUGUGGAUAUCAUGGUAGUGCCCUAAGUCAAGGAAACUUGCACAGGACAACACAGUUCAGAGCUUUCUGCAGUGUGAAGCUUUUCCAAAAGAUGUGAGAGAUUUUAUCUACUGUUGUUUUAUAAUAAACUUAUUGGAAAGCACACACAGCCUGCAGCAUGGGGUUACUGGGAGAAUAUUCAAGGCUGUGCUUUGGCUUUUUUUCCUCAUGGCAAUGCAGCAGAUUUGUGAUUUGAGUCUCAUGUUAUGUUCUGUGCAGAGUGCUCUCCCACCUGCUCACGGUAUGGAUGUAAACAGAUUUCAUCCCCCAGUUCAGCAUAAGUGAAUGGAUACCAGCCUUAAAAGCAAUACAGGGAGCCAUUCAUUGAUGUAAAAACAAAUUUUAUACAUAUAUAAAAAAAAAAACUACAUCCUAUCUGAACUGUUGCCACCUGCCACAGUAACUUCUAGAUAAAGGAAAAGUUGUGGAGUCC